GAUGUUUUGGCUUGCGGGGUGAAAAAGUAUUGGCGUAAGUGGAAGGGGUGUAAACAUUUUAUCUGAGAAAUACCGAAGAUAUUCUAAUCCAGUCUUGUGAUAGGCGUUUUGGUCAUGAAUUGGUGCAUCUGAUAAUUAUAAGCGUAACGUUGUGAUUCGUUUUACGCUCGAAAAAGGCUUUCUUUUACCGGUGUCACACUGUACUGGCCUCAUUAGCGCGGAUGCUUUUUUUUGUUAUUGAAAAUGAGAAACGUUUCUGUUAGUGAGCGGAUCUCACCUAAAUGGAAGUCUUUGAGGAGAAUCGAGGCGUUUGGAAAUUAUGAAGAUUUCUUUUAAUUGCAUUUGUAAACACUCUUAUCUGCGGCCGACUUACCGGCGUUUUCAAGAUGGCGUCGCAGCCGGAUACAAAAUCACCCGAACCCGACCUCAACUUAGGAGACUACGGUGAUCUCCCUUUGCUUUUUCGGCACCUGAAACGAAUCCUCGUCGACAACACAGAAUAUUUCGAAAAAUACACAUCCAAGACAGUAUACAAGCGAUUUUACGAUAGCUUUAACUUGAUGCUGACAACCAUUGACGUGAUGGAAGAAAGCACCAUUUUACUUGCACGGACGGCUCCCUUGUAUGAUUACAGCAGCGAUGUUAAGGGAAAUGGAUAUCGGAGCUUGAUAAGACUUGUUGAACAGUGCAUCCGUUCUGUCACAGAGCUGGCCGCGUAUUGCCAAUCACAUCGAGAUAGGUUUUAUUUUCGUUCUCAUCACUAUAGCCUGGAAAUGGAGGCGUUUGCAAAUCUUUUUCACCGUACUUCAGAGUUAUUACAGUUUGCAAGAAUCGUUAUAGAGGACAGCGUCCCCGACAAUUUAUUCCCGGAGUGUUUUGACUCUAAAGUCAUGCUCGAAGUGGAGCAGUUGGAUAGAGAGUGCUUUUAUGGUAGAACUCUAGGAUUCCAGGUGAGUCGUGUUCAUGCUGUUACUACCACUGCAGGGUACAAUGUAUGUAAAACCAGGACAAGCUCUGAGGAAAUUCCUGUGGAGGUUUCGUUGAACCUCUGUAUGGGUACCUGCAAAUGUCCAACAGUACUAGCAAGCUCAGUGCAACCUCCGCAACAACAGAAAUCAGAAAAUAAGGAAAACAAAAACUCUGAAUGUACAACACACUUUUUGGCAGGUUUCUUUGCAGUCGUCUCUCAACUUACAUGUCAAACUUGGCGAUCAUUGCUUUGAUCUCCAAAAUCAUCUCUUUGAAAUUAUGACGAUUUGGUCGUAACUUCAAUCUUGUAUAAAAAAAAACCCAUACAAACUCUUAUUUGGUAUCCCUGCAUGAUGGAGUAUAAAUUUAUGACUUCCAAUCUAGAAUAGCCUACAUGGCGGGUAUUGAGAGUGGGGGCAUAUUAUGCGAGCUAUAGCCUGAUCAGUGGAUCUGGACCCAAAGGAUCACUUGCAUAAAUACCUCGGCCCCCACUCUGUAUUUCAGCCUUGCAGGCUAGAUUCAGUAACUUGUCUGGUUGCCCAAAAGUAAUCUCAUGUGAAGUUAUGUCACCUGAAACCAGGGUUAAGUACCCCGAAAAGCGGAGUCAUGUUGCCCGAAUUUUAACAGGUGAAGUGCGCAAAGAAGUAAAGUUAAUUUUUUUAAAUAAAGAGUGUGUGUUAAUAUAUCAUUCUUUAAGCCAUAAUGGACAUAAUGAGACAAAACAAGCGGUAUAACUGUGAAAUAUAUCUCACUCUUUAACUCACUCUUUAACCCGGGAAUAACAAGAAACAAGUGCGAUAAAUGAGUAAUAUAUCUCAUUCUUAAAUCUUCGAUGAGACAAAACAAGCUCAGCAAAUGGUAAAAGGGAUGCUAAGAUAUUGUUGAGCAUGUUAAAAUUUUGCGCCACCUAACUCAGCAUUUCAGGCGACUGACUAAACAUUUUGGAUGAUAUAACUCUGAUUUCAGGCAAAAUGAUUUUUUUAAAAAUUUUUUUAAAUUUUUUAUUCUAUUUUUUAUUUUUUUGGCAAAAUGACUUUGGGGCGACUUGACCAUAAACCCUAGAUUCAGAAGGCAUGAUAGUACUCUUGUCCAAUAGCACAGAGCUUGUGGAGAGAUCCAUCAGUUUAGGGUGUUUUAAUAAAAAGUUGCCCAAUGGGCAGGCAACAACUUUAGACAUAAGUGAAAAGGAGGGUUGAAAAACCUUCACCACUGCUUGGGGCUAGGCGUGAAUUAGCCUGCGAAAACAUUCGUUUCUCCUCGCUCUUCGCCGCUGGGGACGUUUUGCGAGGAGGAACAUCUGCGACUCAGCGACAGAAAUUCCAUACUGACGACGUAAAAUCUGUCCGGAAACUGGUCAGAAGUGCUGAUUGGUCGACCGAGUAGUUACAUUGUUUUAGCUAUUGUUUACGAAUGACAGACAAAAUACAAAAGGCCACAAAGGUCAAAUUUAAAAGCGAAGAAUCUCUAACAAAACAGUCAAUAUUUCUGGAAUAUAGUCUGUCUUCUCUAGAAGAAACAUUUGAGUUUUGCUGGAGCUUGCUGGCAGAUGAACACAACACUUCACCAAAAUCGACCAGAAGACACAAAAUUGGACAAAUUUAUAUUUGGAACUCCAUGACUACCAGAUUCAUUAUGUAACCAUUGAUUUACGUCAUCAGUAUGGAAUUCCUGUUGCUGAGUCGCAGACGUUCCUCCUCGCGAAACAUCCUCAGCGGUGAAGAGCAAGGAGAAACGGAUGCUUUAGCAGGCUAGGCGUGAAUAUAAAAGAAAACAAAGUCAUUGUGCUAAACACAGUGUUUUCCAAAAUUUGACAGUAAGAACUUGUGAAACCCCAAAAUUCUUAAGCGUUGAUGUUUUUGAAGAUAAGAAUUAAACUUCAAGGUGUUUAAUGCAGCAUUUCCCUGGUUUUUGUAGUGGAGUGAUUACUCCUAAAACCAAUGUUUACAACUUCAGAGGAAAACAAGACCAUUUUGUGAACUGAUCGGGAUUUCCUCUUGAGGAGAAUUUCACCGAAAAUCAAAGUUAAAUAAUUGGCUAAUGAUGAUCUGUUAUACGUAUUCGUGGCUCUGCCAUACAUCUCUCUUUGAUGUUGUUCCAACUCCUGAUGGCAGUGCACUAUUCUACAGGAAAAAAAAAAUGAGUUAUUGAGUAAAUUGUCCCCUGGAGGGAGUCUGAGAAGGCGACUUUUUGAUCACCAGGGUCGGGUUGUUCAAAGCUGAGUUAAGAUAAUGUAGGGUCAGUGCAAAAUUUUAAUUCAGAUAGGAAAACUUAGAAAGCAAAUUGAGAUUAAACCUUUUUGUCUACACUUUUAUGAUUGGAUGGUGUAAAAAGGAAAGAGAAAAUAUUUAAGAAAAUGCUUUUGAGCAAAAGAAAAAGACAACGGGAUUAACAAUUAACCCUGGGUUGGCGCUUAUUGGUCUUCAAAACAACUGGGCACUGGCCUUUGUCACCCUCGGGAGUUGAUUUAGCUAGCUAAAUUUAAAUUACUCACUUCUUCCUAGUUUUCUGUCGGCUUGCGAAAUUUCCUACAUAUGGUCUGUGUUGCCAUGGCAUCAUUUGCUGAGGGUUAUCAUAAACACAAAACAAGCAGUGUGGCACUUGCUGCAAUAUCCUUCCUGAACAGUGGCAAGUACACCGUGAAUCCUGAGAUGAGAGCAAAGCAGAUAGUGGAUGUUACGCAGAAGACCAACAUGGAUUUUUGCAAAGCUUUUUGGAGUUUAACUGAGGGUUUUGGAAUCCAGGUUAGUCAUUAGACCUCUUAAGAGAGCUCUGAAGAAUACAGAACAAUGGGGUAUAACAAGGGGGCAGGUCUUUGGUUGCCUAUGUAGGGUGCAAAGAAAGUCAGUUUUACAGCUUGCCAUUCAGGCAAGCUGUAGCUAAAAUUUACUGGCUCGAGAGUCAUUUAAGCUUGCCCCCAAAAAGUUUUUUGAUGAGCAGGAUUGAUUACAGUUCUUCUUUAAUUUCAAUUCCCCAAAAAACUUCACUUGCCUAUUGGGUAAGUUAAGAACUGAAUUCACUAUAGCCCGAUAGCAAAAUCCACUAACCCUGGGCCAUCAGAUACAACUGUCUUUGGAGACUGCUAUCAUGAAUACUCUCUCGGUUAAAAAAAACUUAGUCUAUACAAUAGCCAUCUUAGAAUCAGGAUAUGUGGCCUUGGCAGAGAGGUAAUAAGUGGAUUUAGUUAAAAUCCAACUAGUGGGCUAUUAUCAGUGCUGCGUUCUGAUUCGUUGAGCUACCACUAGGCUAUAUGUUAUAGCCCACUAGUAGCGAAAAGCGCCGGCUUUGAAAACCAAAACAACGGCGGCUGAAUCGCGUUUUGCUAGCUAAAGUUGUUUUAACUCGAUAUUUUUGACCAACUAGUUGGAUUAACAACAAUUAUUCCUCUCGCCCUCAUAGCCUCUGAGUCAAUAGCCCAUUCGGCCUUCGGCCUCAUGGGCUGUUGACUCAGAGCCCAUUCGGCCUUGAGGAAUAAUAAAAUUGUUAAGUAUCCUCUACCACCACACCACAUGCAAUCUUUGUUAUGGACUACUCUAGAGAUCACCAAAGAUAAGGGCAAGCGGUUAAGGAAAAAUCUAAUAAACACUGAAGGCAAAAAGAGGCAACCUUCCUGUUAAUGAACCCCCCUAUAUACUCUCAGAGACUUCUUGUGUCCAAUUGUGCUGAAAUUCUUUUAUUAUGUUUUAGCAUGUUCCCUUGUUGGUUUCUUCAGCUAUGAAGGUGAACAGGGUAUUCCUUAUCCCACCUGAGCCAUUUGAACUCAAACAAGCCAAUGGUGAGACAGUAACCAUUGCCCCGCCCUGUUCAUGGUCAGGUCUGGCACCGGUUCAAGUGCGCCUAUUGUCAUCUGAGUGGCGGAAGGGUCAGGUAUGAUCUUAAUUUUAUUUUAAUCUCCUUCGUGGACUUUCUAACAGCAGCAGGAAGUUGAGUGUGUCAUUUUAGAGGCUGCCUUUGUCUAUAAGGCCAUGCAACAAAACAGAAAGCUUUUUGUACUUAAAGAACCUGUUUGCAUCUGUGAUUUUGAGGUCAUCUAAGGGAACAGUCUUGUCAGUUAAGUUAGACAACUAGACUCCUGUGAGAACACCUAAUAAUUAUUAUUAGGUUUUUGUCAUAUUUUAGGUUGCUUAGUGAAUACUAAUACAUUGAGAUUUAUAGUUAUUAAUAUUUGUAACAGUACUUUAUGGAUAUUUUGUUAUUUUCCAGAGUAAGGAUGGUACCACACACCAUGGACAAUCGCCAAAACCAAAAAGUGAUGGUCUGUUGGUUCAUGUUCAUGGCGGAGGGUUUGUGGCCCAGUCAUCUAAAUCACAUGAGGUACAACACAUGCAGCCUAUUAUUUAAGCAAUAGAAAACGUUUUCCGUGUUUGCAUAGCCUGAUAUAAACACGAGAGGGGUUGGGAGAAUUCGAGACAGUUAUGCAAACCCGAGACGAAGUCGAGGGUUUGCAUAACCGUCGAGAAUUCUCCCAACGCCUCGAGUGUUUAUAUCAGGCUAUGCAAACAGAGGAAAAAAGUUUUCUAUUGCUUUUAUAAAAUAACUUUCCCUAGAAAAAAACGCAAAACUCUUUGUAUGGCACUGAUUAAAAGAGAAAUUCUUACCAGUCGCAAAAUCUUGUCAACGAAGUCUUGCACGCGUAAUGAGUUCUUGUUUUGCAAAAAGAUGCUUUGCAAAAUACGGAGUUUUCUCGCUUAAAAUGUCAGCUUAAGCGAAGAAAAGUUGACUCACCUUCUUUGUAACGAUUUUCCAUGUUUCAGCCGACGAAGGAAUGGGUAAAUAAAGUAAACUUGUCGAGCUUUGAACUCGAAAACUUUUUCAAAUUUGGUGCUUGCGUGAUUAGCGCGCGAAAAGCCAAACAACUUGACGCCACAACCAUGUUUACAUACUCUCAUGCAAACACUGCUCUCGGCCAAUCAGAGCGCGCGUACUAUCUUAGUUAUUUUAUAAUAAUCAGUGGUUCACAUAGGCCUUUAAAAGUCCUUGAGAACGCACUUGGUCCCAGAAUGUCCUUGAAAAUUCAAUACUUUUAACCCCAAAAGCCUUUGAAACUUACUGAAAUCACUGUAAAUAAAUACACAGUGUUUAACCCUUCAGGUCUUAAGAGUGACCAACAUCAAUUUUCUCCUAACAACAUCAGUGGAUCAUCAAUAGUAAAGGUUAUGAGAAUUACUAAAUUGAUUACCAAAGGGAGAAUGCUUUGAUCUUAAAGCAAAUUCUCUCAGCUAUUUAUAAAAGAAAUGAAUGGAAAUUAGUCUGGAGAAUUUGUUUGUGGAUCUUGGGGCUGUUAAAAGGGUUUAAACAGCCGUUCAUGGCCCUUCUCAGCCCUUCUUGGAGAGCUGAAUCCUACCCACAUUUCUGUAAUGAUUUGGGUGUUGACAAAAAAAUGGAUACAAUCUGUUUCUUAAUAUUUUUCCCAUUGCAUUUGUCAUUACGAACUAUCAAGUACAGUGUACAUUACAGUUUAGAAGUUAUUUAUAUUAUGAUUGUAUGAAAACCAAUAUAUCUAGGGAGAUGCAAAUUGGUUCUAAAAAAAACUUGAAGUACUCAUACAUGUAUGUGAUCAGUGGUAUCCUAUUUUGUAAUGAAUGAAUGUUGGCCAAUACAGGUUCCAAAAUUAACUUGACAUCAUGGUAACUAGAUAAAAGUUUGUGGUUGUCAGAUAGUAAAAAAUAGUCGCAAAAUUUUAUUUUUUAACAAUAAGAAAUGAAAAAAUUGAAUGCUUUGGACAUUUUAUGUUCAUUUUCCUUAACUAUUAUCCUUAGCUAGUUUACAAGGAAGCUACAAUGUUGGCAGGAUGGCACAUAAGUUGAGUUUUAAUGGUAAACAAAUAUCUCCUGAUCCUCCAACAACUGUUUCAAAUACUGGACUGGAAACUUAUCCUACUGGCGACUUGACUAGCCCUGUAAUUCAUGUUGCCAUCUCUCAAUUUGUAGGCACAUUGACAACCCACCACUUAGCCUGCAUGGCAGGCAUUCAAAGAUGAGGGGAAAGGGGAUUUUGGGCGUGGGAGAAAUGCCAGGGGUGCGCGAGGAAGGAGGGACCUCCUUGUGCUCCGCUCGCAUUUCUCUCGUGCCAACAUCUGUCAUGCAGGCUACAGGCCGCUUGCAGUUGUGGACCCUGCAUUAUACAGAGUGUUUUUAUCUUUCAGAUGUAUCUUCGAUCCUGGGCCAAAGAACUGAGUGUGCCUAUCUUAUCUAUAGAUUAUUCACUCGCCCCCGAAGCACCCUUCCCUCGGGCGCUGGAGGAGUGCUUCUUUGUGUAUGCUUGGUGUUUGAACAACUUCCAUCACCUUGGCACUAAUGGCAAGCGUGUAUGUGUAGCUGGAGAUUCUGCAGGUAGUGCCUUUUUCCAGAGUCUAUCAUCACAGGGUUCAUAGAGUAACAUGUGUUCCUUUUUCAGUCCACUGGCCUCUGCAAAUCUCAUGUUGUUAGCUUCAGUUUUGCAAAGGGCAAUAGUGAAUUGUAACCAUUUUCCACUUAUGAUUUUGUGGCAUUUAUUAACUGGUGGUAUGGCUACCAUGUUUGAAAUUGUAAAAACCGUAAUGGCUGCCCAAAUGUAGCUUGUGAAGAAAUUACUUUGUAAGUUGUACAAGAUUAAAACUCCAAAAGCACGUAGUCUUUUAGCUGGCUCAAGCACCAUUUUUUCUGUUUGUGUUCACUUACAAUAAGUAGUGUCUUUUCUCAACACUGGUGCAAUGAGCCACAAAAAGUUUAGUGUAGGACGCUGACCUUGAGAGUCUGAAUGGGGUUUGCUGUUCAUUCAGUGUUAUUUGCCCUUUUUGUUUACCUUCUUGUUUUAGCUACAAAUGAUAUUAUCAAUUUAAAAUGUUAGAAAAAACUUAGCAUUUAAGUGUCUGGAAUUAAUAUUGUUGAAGUAAUGUGGGUAGCCUUGUCCUAAUCUCGAUUGCAUGAUCUUUGCCUACCCCUUAGGUGGUAACUUGUCUGUAUCAUUGAGCUUGCGAGCAGCAGAAUAUGGCAUUCGAGUUCCCGACUCCAUUCUUGCUGCAUACUCACCAUUCAAUGUGCAGUGGGUGCCUUCACCAUCUCGUCUCCUUAGCCUCAUGGACCCACUAUUACCCACCGGAGUACUUGGUGCAUGCUUAGCGGCUUACUCUGGCAUGGGAAAGUCACCAUUUGAUGACUGCACCAAGAAUUCGAUCAAAUCUCUAACUGGCAAGAGUAGUGAGCCUGUGAAUAUAUCCGAUAAAAGAAAGAAAACAAACUCCCUGUUACGUCUGCUGAGAGUGGGGUCCAGGGACAGCAAGCACAGGGAAAACAGUUUUUUGGAAGCAAGCCCACAGGCAAGCGGCGAGAGUUUCCACAGCUGUUUAAGCUCACCACAGUCUAUAACUCGAAACAGUGAGAUCAUGUCUGAUCCAAAUGAAACUUCUGGUUGUCAUAGUAGCCCUAAGCAGUUGCCGCAGUGUAAUGGAAUUCUGCAUUGUCAGGAGAAUUUCAACUCUGAAAUGCCCAAACACAAUGAAGACAAAGAGCAUGGUGGGGACAGUUCCUCUACUUCAUCGGAGCAUUCACAACAUCCACAGUCAAGAAAACACUCGCAGGACAGUACACCAAGCCAAACCUUAAGCCCUCAGAGGAGUAAACAUGCCCAAGGGGAUGACUCAGAGCACAUAGCAGUGCACUACCAUAGUGACAUAGAGGAGUGCCAUGUGGUAAAUGUUGUAGAGUCACCAGGAAACCCCAGCAAAGAGCUCCUACUUUUUCCUCUGGAUGUACCUGAAGAUGAGCCCUACCUGGAGGCGGGGACACCACCAGAGGGGGACCAGGGAGUGGAACACACAGAAGAUACUCAUGAAAGGACCACAUCUAUGUCCCAAGUGUCUUUGCCUAUUGCUAAGAAUCCAUAUAUGUCUCCUCUUCUGGCCUCUGAUGAAAUGCUGAGAAGUUUGCCUCCAAUUGAUUUAGUGGUAUGUUUCUUUGAUUUUACCGUGCCAUGAUGAUCGCCCCUUAGUCUUAGCAGCCACUUGUCCAAUCUUUAAUGAUGGACACUUAAGCCCCAAUAUCCACACAAAAAAAACCAUGAGAGAAUUUGUUGAAAGAUCAAAGCAUUUUCCCUUAGGGAUCAUUUCAUUCCUUCUUAUCACCUUUUCUUUUCAUAUGUAUUUAUGUUUUUGGGAGAAAAUUGAUGUUGGUCACUCUUGAAACUCAAGAGUUUAUAGUCAGAGGUUUGACUGUAUUUUUUUCCACUACAGGCGUGUUCAUUGGAUCCCAUCUUGGAUGACUCCGUUGAGUUUGCACGAAGGCUUCGCUCCUUGGAAAAGGAUGUGGAACUUUACAUCUUAGAAGAUUUACCCCAUGGAUUUCUGAGCUUUCAUCUUGUCAGCCAAGAUUCUAGGGAGGGAAAUGAACUAUGUAUCGUCUGCUUAAAGAGAAGUUUAUCUGGAAAGCAAAAAGUAACCGUGGAAAAGCCCCCAGUGUACUAAGUGUUUAAGGUAAUGGUAAACUGCAUCAAAGGGCUUUUGCCUGGUAAAACUGGUUGUCUUUAGUUAUUUUUCUUAAGGAGAAUUGCAGGACAUUCCAGAAUUGUAAGAAAAGUAUUCUCCCACACUUGAAGUUUAUUGUAUGCAGGUCAAAGCAGCCACACUCAAGUUUGUUUCAUUCAGUUCUAGCAAUGCGCAGAGCAUCUUUUUUGCAACAAAUGUGAUGGCUGCUCUUCUGAUUGGUUGCUUUAUCAUGAGGUUAAGAAACCGAAAACCUUCAUGUACAAGCAGUAAUCUUGGAAAGAAGGAGCCACUCUCUCUGACAGGCACUUAUAUUUUUUCCAGAAGUUAAAGGCUGCAUUCACUCACCAACAGACAUGCACUUUCAUAUUUUUUUGGAGGGGGGAGUUCAAGGCCUUAUCCCAUAGGAAGAAGGCUUGUUAUAACUGUAGUAAAAGCUAGGGACGCUUUCCAUUCAAGCAAAACAUCUGUUUUGAAUUUUCCGCAACUUCCAGUAGCGAAGAGAACAGCAUUUUCCAAAAUUUCUGAAAAAGGGGACAACCUCACGAGGUAUACCAAAAUUUUUCCAAAAAAAUUUUGUCUUGGUAGUUUUCUUUCCAUUCAACUUUGCUCCCAGAAUUUCUAGAAGUUUUAGUUGAGUGGUUCGCAUUUUGGAAAUUCAGCAGCUUUUGCAAUUUCUGAAAAUUUUCUGCACCAUUUGUUGCUGUUUGCAAAUUUUUGAAAGUUUUGAUUGAAUGGAAAGCACCGUAAGUGUUAAAAAUUAUUUGAGCAAAAUCCUGUAAGGUGGGAUUCAAAACAUGCAGUUAUAAGCCAGGGGAGAACAUAAGACAACUAAAUAAUAAUGCAAGAGGCAAAGUAGUUUAGGAUCAGAGAGGACAGCAGCUUUUGGCAGGUGUUCUUGUUGCACCUUUAUGGCCAAAGCACUUGGGUGAAUGGAUUAAAGCAGUCCCCCAUGGUAAAUUUCACAAGCUACUUAGACUAGUAGCAACGUUAUGUACGUUAGCAUGGGCAUUUUACACAAUUUUCUUGACUGGGAGUUGUACAUUUCGUAGCAAAUGCCCUUCUUAAUCUGGCACUGCUUAUCCUUGAAAGUCCCAAACAUUUCAUGUUUUUUGAGGAAUAUUAUAGCAAUGAGCAAUGACCUUGAGUUUCAGAAGAUCUAGAAUAAUGAAUUUUGCAUAUCAGUACCCCUUGCAGGCAAGGAUUGCUUAUACAUACUUAUACAGUGAAAUUUUAGCAUCAAUUUUUCAAACCUUAUUUUGUAUUCUGCACUCUGUUGUUAGAAAUAUUGUUCACUCAUUAAUGCGAUACUAUCAAAUUUUGGGGUGAGAGGUGGUAUUUUUUCUAUGGAUUUAUCUUUGGGUUGCUACUGUACAAAAAUGUUAAUUCAUUUUGGGUCAAAUACACUUUUAUUUAAUGAUAAAAAGUGAAUGUAAACAAGUAUGCAAAUAUUUUGUUUGAAACGCUGAAACGACUUUAUUAAUUUAAUGCUUAAUAGAACUAUACAUUGCAAAC